GGAAGGGUUUGGAGAAUCCUGAGGGAGCUGGGAAGGGUUUGGAGAAUCCUGAGGGAGCUGGGGAAGGGUUUGGAGAAUCCUGAGGGAUCUGGGAAGGGUUUGGAGAAUCCUGAGGGAGCUGGGAAGGCUCAGGCUGGAGAAAAGGAGGCUCAGGGGGAAUUCCUGGCUCUGCACAAGUCCCUGCCAGGAGGGGACAGCCGGGGGGGAUUUGGGAUGUUAUCGCAGGGAACAGGGACAGGAGGAGAGGGAACGGCCUCAGGCUGGGCCAGGGGAGGCUCAGCUUGGACAGCAGCAGGAAUUUCCUCAUGGAAAAGGUUGGAAAGGGCUGCCCAGGGAGGUUUGGAGGUACCCAAGGAAUUCCUGGACGUGUCACUCCCCACUCAGGGCACCGAUCGGGCACAGCUCAGCCCAUCCUUGCCAGGAUCCACCCUCACCCACUCCAUAAUCCCAUUUCCCAGCAUUUCCCCCUUCCCACCAUCCACCAUGGAGCUUCCCAGCACCAAAGACUUCCACUGGAAGCGCCUGGCUCCGCUGCCGAGCCGCCGGGUGUACUCCACGCUGGUGGAGGCGGGCGGGCAGGUCUUCGCCGUGGGCGGCUGCGACGACAACGGCGUCCCCGUGGAUUCCUUCGAGGUUUAUUCCCCCGAGGCCGACCGGUGGGCGCCGCUGCCCGCCAUGCCCACGGCCAGGGCCGGCGUGGCCGUCACCGUGCUGGGCAAGAGGAUCAUGGUGAUCGGCGGUGUGGGCGCCGACCAGCUGCCGCUGAAGGUGGUGGAGAUGUACAACACGGAUGAAGGGCGCUGGAGGAAGCGCAGCUCGCUGCGAGAGGCGGCCAUGGGCAUCUCAGUGACGGCCAAAGAUUACAGGGUGUACGCCGCGGGCGGGAUGGGCUCGGACCUGCGGCCCCACAACUUCCUGCAGCACUAUGACGUGCUCAAGGACAUCUGGGUGUCCCUGGCUGCCAUGCCCACGCCCCGCUACGCGGCCACGUCCGUCCUGAGGGGCACCAAGAUCUACGUGCUGGGGGGAAGGCAAUCCAAGUACGCCGUCAACGCCUUCGAGGUCUUCGACACGGACACCCGGUCUUGGACCAAAUUCCCCAGCAUUCCCAACAAAAGAGCCUUCUCCAGCUUCGUGGCCACAGAGGAAAAGCUCUUCAGCCUCGGGGGGCUGCGCCAGGGCCGGCUCUACCGGCAGCCCAAGUUCAUGAGGACCGUGGAUGUGUUCGACCUCGAGCAAGGUGGGUGGAUGAAGAUGGAGCGCUCCUGCUACCUGAAGAAAAGGCGAGCAGACUUUGUGGCCGGCUACCUGCGAGGCAGAGUUGUCGUGGCUGGGGGCCUGGGGAAUCAGCCGACGGUGCUGGAGUCGGCAGAGGCUUUCCACCCGGAGAAGAACAAGUGGGAGAGCCUCCCCCCCAUGCCCACCCCGCGCUGCGCCUGCUCCAGCAUCGCGCUGCGGGACUGCCUGCUGGCCGUGGGCGGCGUCAGCCAGGGGCUCAGCACGGCCGUGGAGGCCCUGUGCCUGUCCGAUUCCUGAUCCCAUGUGGAACAGCUCCUGUGUCUGUCCGAUUCCUGAUCCCACCUGGAGCAGAUCCCUGUCCUGUCCGAUUCCUGAUCCCACCUGGAGCAGAUCCCUGUCCGA